AUGACCAGAAAGAUUAUUCUUCCACUCUCAUUGUUCCUAGCAGUUCAAGCAGUCCAAGCAGUUCAGCCCUCCGCUCCUAACCCUGUCCCAGUGCCACUGCGUGAACUGAAAUGGGGUCAACUCAACUUUCUUCAUACUACAGACACCCACGGCUGGUUGGCAGGCCAUCUUUCGGAACCGUCGUACUCUGCAGACUGGGGCGACUAUGUGUCAUUUGCUACUCGCAUGCGUGAGGUAGCCGAAGCUGAUGGGCGUGAUCUGCUUCUAGUUGACACAGGUGAUAGAGUGGAAGGCAAUGGUCUCUACGACUCAUCGGAUCCCAAGGGCAUAUACACUUCUGAGAUCAUACGCCAACAACCGAUUGACGUGCUGUCGCCUGGAAACCACGAGCUGUAUAAAAAGACCACGGCCGAAGCCGAACUCCAAGUUACCGUACCUAACUUCCAUGGCCAUUACCUGGCAUCUAACAUCGAUAUUUAUGAUCCCGAAACUGGAGAAUUGGUAGCAUUGGGUCCUCGAUCCAGGAAAUUCACCACAAAGAAACAGGGCGUUCGUGUUGUCGCCUUUGGGUUCCUUUUCGACUUUACGAUGAACUAUAACAACACUAUUGUUCAACCGGUGGAGGAAACAGUCAAAGAGACUUGGUUUCAACAGGUUAUCAAGGACCAGGAAGUGGAUCUUUUCUUAGUAAUAGGCCAUGUUCCAGUUCGGUCAAAAGAGUAUGACGCUGUCUUCAACGCGAUUAGACAGCAUCAAGACACGCCUAUUCAGUUUUUCGGUGGCCAUCUUCAUAUUCGCGACUGCCACCGGUACGAUCCAAAAGCCGUCGGCCUUGCGAGCGGUCGAUUUAUGGAAACAAUUGGAUUCAUGUCACUCGAUGGUCUUUCUACCGAACGCAAUCAGUCAAAGCCCGAGUCGGUAACCUUCGAGCGAAUGUAUAUCGAUAACAAUCUCUUUUCCUUUUACAAGCACACUCACCUCAAUAAAACUACAUUUCCUACAGAGAGUGGCCGCAAUGUAUCUCGUCUUAUCCAGCAAUAUCGAAGUACCCUCAAGCUAGACGAAAUUUAUGGCUGCAUACCGAAAACCUUAUGGAUGUCGCGAACUCCGUGUGGCGCUACGGAUAGCAUAUACGCCUGGUUGCAGCAAGCGGUACUCCCAGACAUGUUGGGUGACGAAUCCCGCCGAGGGAAACCGGCCUUUGCUAUUUUCAACACUGGCGCCAUUCGGUUCGACCUUUUUGAGGGGCAAUUUACUCGGGACUCGGCAUUUAUGGUUUCGCCAUUUACAAGCGGCUUCCGUUACCUGAAGGAUGUUCCCUACGCUCAAGCGCUGCAGGUUCUGGACUUAUUGAACCAGCAGCCACGAAUUCUGGCGGCGUCCGAAGCUGCACCUGGAUUCUUGCCCUGGACGCUUGCACCGCCGGAGCAAGCUGCACGCACCCGCCUCACUAGAUUCGUUUCCGAUAUUCCUGUAGAUCAAACUCCGAUGUCUAGUGACGCUCAAUAUGAUACCAUACCCGGAUAUACUACGACAGAUGAUCUUGGCACGGAUGGUGAUGAUACGAUCCACUCCGUGAUUGAUUUCUACGACGUACCGAAUUGCAUAGGUGCCUUGGCACCUCAUGCGGGUUCUGCUGUACCAGAAACAGUGGACCUUGUCUACAUCGAUUUUAUAGAGCCUUAUGUGGCCUUGGCAGCCAGUCAACUUGGGCUCGCUAUUGACGUCCCUCACGAAAGCGAUGUUUACAUGCCCUCCACUUCAUUCACAGAUGUUCUUGUAGCCUGGAUAACGGCUAACUGGGGCUGUACAUAG